AGGCUCGGACCAUAAAAGCGACUCGAAAAAGCCAAGCCCUCCAGAGAAAUAAUGGAGUGAAAAUGAGGAGAGAGACAGACAGACAGACAGUUUUAGUGAGAGAAAGUGUAGAGAGAGAAAGUGAGGAAAGGAGGCUCGGAGCCGAAAAGAUGGGUCAGAUCGUGAAGAGGAAGAAGAAGGGAAGGCCGUCAAAGGCAGAUCUUGCACGCCGCGCCGCCGUGACGGCGGCGCAGGAGCGGGACCUGCGGCGGAGCGUCCGUCGCCGGAAUGUUAGGUACAACUUCGACAUCGACGAUUAUAUCGACGACGAAUACGACGAAGAGGACGACGAGGACGAGAUGAGGAGAGAGAAGAAGUUGAAGCUUGUACUGAAGCUUCAAAAUCAAGAAGGCGAUUCUGAGUCGGCGCCGAGUCAGACUCGGCGCGUGGCACACGCGCCUGAUGCUUCUGCAUCUUCAUCGGACUCCGGCAACGGCGAUAAGCCACUGAAGAAAAGGAAAAUUGACGGCGACGAUGAAAUUGAAGGCGAUGUCGAUGAAGAUGAUGACGAAAAUGAAAUUGAUGACGACGAUGUUGAGGUUAGAGAGCGAAAAGCGGAAUCGAAAGGGACCGACUCUGUUCCAGGGACACCAUUAGAUCCUCCGUUAGCAAUCCCAUUACCUGAUAAGAAGUCUCUGGAGUUGAUUCUUGACAAACUUCAAAAGAAAGAUAUAUAUGGAGUGUAUGCCGAACCGGUUGAUCCCGAAGAGCUUCCUGAUUACCACGAUGUGAUUGAUAAUCCAAUGGACUUUGCCACAGUGAGGAAGAAAUUGGGAAAUGGAUCAUAUUCUACCUUUGAACAAUUUGAGACUGAUGUUUUUCUAAUUUGCACAAAUGCGAUGCAAUACAAUGCACCAGAUACCAUAUACCAUAAACAGGCACGCUCAAUUCAAGAGUUGGCAAGUAAGAAAUUUGAAAGGUUAAGGGUUGAAUUUGAACGUUCUGAUAAAGAACUCAAAACAGAACAGAAAACAAGAUCCAAUAUCUUGCCUAAAAAGCAAGCAAAGAAGCCAUUGAACCGGACUGUGCAGGAACCUGUUGGCUCUGAUUUCUCCUCAGGUGCCACUCUUGCAACAGUUGGCGAUUUCCAGAAUGGUUCAAAUGCAACCCAAGCUGCUGGUUGUGAGAGGCCUUGCAACGCUGAUGGGCUUGUAGAAGCAAAUGCUUCCCUGAUUGAUAACAAUUUAGACAAGGCAGAAGAUAUACUAUCAGGAAAGAAUCUUCUAUCUAAAUUUGGGAGGAAAGCUUUCGUGCAUGAUGAGAACCGCCGUGCAACUUAUAACAUAUCCACUCAGCCAGCUGUAGGAUCAGAGUCCAUAUUUACAACCUUUGAUGGUGAAAUCAAACAACUGGUUGCUGUUGGGCUUCAUGCAGAUCAUUCCUAUGCUAGGAGCUUGGCUCGUUUUGCUGCAACACUUGGACCUGUUGCUUGGAAAGUUGCCUCCCAGAGGAUUGAGCAGGCACUGCCUCUGGGGUUCAAAUUUGGUCGUGGAUGGGUUGGAGAAUAUGAGCCACUUCCAACACCUGUAUUAAUGCUCGAAAACUGCUCCAAGAAAAAACCUGCUUUUCUUCCAAAGUUGCAGUGUACUUCUGGUGCAAGGAAGGAGGAUAAGACCUCAGAGACCCCAGUUUUUGUGAAACAACACCCUGUUACUAUCAAUGGACCUACUUUAGAAGAGCAAUCAUCUUUAUUUGGUCCUGCUAGAACCAAACCCACUGUCACUCUAAGUUCAGCUACAGAUCAGCCUGUUAGGGCUACUUUAGAAGGGACACCUUACUUCUUUAAACCUACUGCCAUAGACAGUACCAGAGAUCAGCAGCAAAACCUACAGUCCAGGAAUUCUGAUCAGGAAAAAAAUGCUUUUAAACAGGUUGAAUUGAAUUGCCCUCCCUCAGCCAAUCAAAACACAGUUGAUUUUGUUGCAGAACAGCAGAUUUCGAAUUGUUCACCAAUGCCAGCUUCCAGGUCAAUGGAAUCGGUUUCAAGGAGCAGGAAUCUUUUGCAGUCUGUUCCAUUUAAGCAGCCAGAUAUGAAUGGAGUUGUUGCUGGAGGAUUGUCAAAUGGAAGAGUCACAAGUAAUAAUUCGGAUACAAAUAGAAUGGUUGGUUCAUCUUCUGAUAGUGUUCCCAACCAAAUGGUCAGAGCAGCGGCUUACUUUCCCCGUGGACAAGAACAGGGUCUCAGUGACCCAGUUCAGUUGAUGAGAUUGUUAGCUGAAAAUGCUCAAAAGCAGCAGAAAUCUUCAAAUCAUUCCAUGGUUGAAACACCACCAGUUAUGCCAUCGGUUCCAUCUCCAAGAAGAGAUGAUUCUGGCAAUGCUGCUGCAGCUGCUGCCCGGGCAUGGAUGUCUUUAGGGGCUGGAGGGUUUAGACCAGCUGUAGAAAAUACAAGCACCCACAAAAAUCAGAUAUCUGCUGAUUCAUUGUACAACCGAACGCGAGAACUCCAGCCGCAGGUUUCACGAUUUCGGGGGGAAGCUCCUGUUUCUGGGAUGCAUUUUCAGCCUGAGAAGAAUAACUUUCCACUCCAGGCCUUUGCAACACCCCCUGUCCGGAUGGGCAAUGAAGCUCAGUUCCAAAACCGGCCAAUGGUAUUCCCUCCGUUGGUUACAGCUGACUUGUCUAGGUUCCAGGUGCAGUCCCCUUGGAGAGGUCUUAAUCCGCAAACACAGAUUAGUCAAAAGCAGGAAUCACUACCUCCAGACUUGAAUAUCGGUUUCCAGCCGUCAGGGUCGCCGGUGAGACAGUCUUCAGGUGUUCUGGUUGACUCUCAGCAGCCAGACCUGGCUCUGCAACUAUGAGCCUUUAUGUUCAUUUGUCUCUUUGAGAAAUAGGACAAAAGGGGAGACAGUAGAGCCAUUGUAAUACUAAUUCUUGGCCCAUGUCUAAGGGAUGUUGGUUUUCUUCUCUACACCAGAUAUUUGCAUUACAUAGACACGCUGUUCGGAUAAGCCGGAUAAGCCGGAAGGUGUUGGAGUUGUUUAAUACAAUGAUGGAGAAGAAUUUCGACGAAGUGUUGGAUUCAUAUAUUCGAGGCCUUAUGUCUGCUUCAAGUCCUUUGCUUGGGUAAAGAAAAUUUAUAGAUUAGUUGAAAGCAGCAUGUAUUAGAUGGAUUCCCAGUUUACUUGGGGAAAGAUGUUUGUAGCAGAGCUAUUUCAUUGUGUCUUCUUCUUCAAAUACGAGGUUAUUGACUCGCAACGGCACAUCUCUAUUUACCAUAUCAGAAGGCUAAAAUUUAUGAGUUGAGCGGUAGUUUAGUGUUUACAUGUUCUUAAUUCAGUGACACAUGAAACCCAUUUGAUUCCUUGUACAUUUAUUACAGGUGGAUAUUAAUUACCCAGAUUUCAGUUGUCUUCAACACAUCUUAUGGAUUGCCUGGAUGAUUCAUUUCCUUUC